UUUCCCCCCGUCAUACCGUGUCCGGCCGUAUCAUGUGCCCGUGCUGGUCGUAGUGUCGUGUAUAUUUUGUAUUAUAGUCGUUGCCGCCGUCGUUCCUCGUCAUGUUCUCCCCGACCGUUCGUGAGCUUUGCCGCCUCCGCAACAGCGGCUGCCGCAGCCGCCUGUGAAGCGACCGAACUCUCGCGCGCACCCACCUACCCCCACACACACACACACACACUCACUCACAAACACACACCCGCAUGUCAGACAUGACUUAGGCGGUCACCGGUGUGUACGCUCGUGCCCGACAAGUGACCGGUCAGCCCUAGGUCGGGUACACUGUUGUGGGGCCGCCAACGAGCCGUUGCCGGCAUCGAGACCUAGCCCCCCCGGCCUCCGCCGCCAUGGCCGUCGAGAUUUCGGUUACCCUGUCCCGGCCAGAAAUGCCUUCUGGUCUGGGAUUCUCGUUGCUCAGUGUCGCCGACUGCCCGCCAGUCAUCUACGACAUCAUCGAGAACACGCCGGCAGCCGAAUGCGCCCAGAUCGAAGUUGGAGAUGUUAUCACAAAGAUUAAUAAUGAAGAUGUUCGGAAAUGUACCAUAAAAGAAGUAUUAAAAUGCUUGAGAUUAGCACAAAACCCCAUUAUUCUGAAACUAGUCAGAGAUCCUGCUAUAAAAAAUAAAGUACAUGAUAAACUGGCUGAAGAUGGAAACUCCCCUCAGUUAUUACUCCGUGAUAUAGAUUCUCCACCUCCACCACCACAACAUCAUCCACCACCGUUAGAAAUGGUUACUAGAACAAAUACAAAUAAAGUUGAAGCUCCUAAGUAUGAAGCAUUUAUGAUGACUGGUGAAAGAGUUAUCAAAAUGUCUAAAAAUAGUCAGGUCUCUUUAUUACCAAAGAGGGAUCGAAAAGUCGAUUGUUUGGUAAAGAAUGGUGGCCCCAAAAAAUUCCAUAAAGUAAAUUCAAAUUCUGUUCCUAGUAGUCCUGUUGAGAAUGAUCGACCAAACAUAACAAAACCUAAUUCGGGAAAUACAUCACCAGUUUCUCCUCCUCCUACAAAUAUGUCCAACUAUAAACGUGGCUCUCGUUCUGAAGAUCCUUUGCGUUCAAACUCUGAAUAUCCAAUGUCUUCUACUACCAGUAUUGACACUGAAGACGAAGAUAUUACAUCAUCUUGCAACACCUUAUUAAAUACUAAUGUAAAACCACUUGAAAUGGAAGACAAGAGAGUGUUAUGGACAUAUAAUGCUGGUCAUGUUCCUGAUGAGACAUCAGCUUCUUGCAAUUCCCUUCAAAAAGUUAUAUCACCUACGUCACCGACAUCCAUAUCCUCAUCAAUAAUGUCAUCACCGUCUGAUCGGCGACGACCAGCCAAAGGAUCAUAUCGUGGCAACAGCCAUCCAACUAGCAGUCAUUCAAAUAUAUCAAGUCCUGACUUCCAAGACACUGCAGAUUCAGAUUUCUUGAUCAACUCACGAGAAUUAGAAGUGACAGAUCCAAGUGACAGUGACUCAACUAUUCUAGCUAGCGAACCAAAGAUUAGAAAGCGAUCUACAGAAGGACAGUACACAUAUUAUGAUAAUAAUCAUACAGACCACCGAAUUGUCAUACAAGUGAAAGGUCCAGAAAAGACAAAUUUAGUUAGAGACACUGAAAAUAACAACAGAUAUUACAAUGACAAGGAAAACAUAAGUAACAAUGAAAAUCAAGAUUUUAAAGACGAAGAAGAAGUUCAACAUUUGUUGGCGUUAAUGGAAGGUGCCGCACAGUUGGCUAAUUCUGUUACCAAUAAUGACGAGCAGUGGACACAAAACGAAGAUUUUGAUUCUGAUAGUUUGCAUAGUUUUCAUUAUUCGCCUAAAGCUGUAGAUAUGCCCUCGGCAGUAAGACUAGCAAAACGCUUAUUUUAUUUGGAAGGGUUCAAAAAAAGUGAUGUAUCACGACAUUUAAGCAAAAAUAACGAGUUCAGUAGAGCGGUGGCUGAAGAAUAUUUGAAAUAUUUUGAUUUUAAAGGAAAUUCAUUAGAUUUGGCGUUAAGACAUUUUUUGAAACAAUUCAGUUUGACCGGAGAAACUCAAGAAAGAGAAAGGGUGUUAGUUCAUUUUUCAAAACGGUUCUUGGAUUGCAAUCCCCUAUGUUUUAACUCUCAAGAUGCUGUACAUACAUUAACUUGCGCCAUUAUGCUAUUAAAUACAGACUUACAUGGCCAAAUGAUUGGACGUAAAAUGACAUGUAAUGAAUUUAUUGAAAACCUAGCUGGUUUAAAUGAUAAUGAACAUUUUCCACGAGAUGUUCUUAAAUCAUUGUACAUGGCAAUUAAGUCUAAUCCUCUUGAGUGGGCAAGUGAUGAUGACUUGGAUGAAAAUCAACUAAAAAAUGCAAUUGCUAGUCAACCAAUUGAUGGUCUUGGAAAUAAAAUCCCUGGCCAAAUAGGCAAAAGUGGAGGAAGUUAUGAAGAGAAUGUCAUGACUCAAGCUUUAGAGUAUAAAAAAGGAUAUGUGAUGAGAAAAUGUUGCAUGGAAUCCAAUGGAAAGAAAACUGCAAGAGGAAAACGUAGUUGGAAAAUGUACUAUUGCACUUUACGUGAUCUAAUUCUUUAUUUACAUAAGGAUGAUUCUGGAUUUCGGAAAUCUCAAAUUAGUGAUAGCAUUCAUAAUGCAAUACAUAUACAUCAUGGCUUAGCUACUAAAGCUACAGACUAUACAAAAAAACAACAUGUGUUUAGACUAGUUACUGCAGAUCAAGCAGAAUAUUUAUUUCAAACUAGUGAUUCCAAGGAAUUAGAUUCAUGGAUAAAUACAAUUAAUUUUGUAUGUGCUAGUUUUUCUGCACCACGAUUGCCAAGUGCUGUUGGAAAUCAGAAAAAAUUCCAAAGGCCAUUAUUACCAUCAGCUCCGACAAAAUUAAAUUUGCGAGAACAACUUCGCGAACAUGAAGAUACUUUGAGGCAGCUAGAAGUAGAGCUUGACAUCCACAAAAAGAAACCUCCAGAACGUGGAACUAAAAACAUCACAUUGCAAUUUUAUAAAGAAAAAGAGUCACAUUUACUGGAAGAAUAUAAGCGUUAUAAAACGUAUGUCUACUUGUUAAGAUCUAAAAUGAUUCAACAUCCAGAGUAUGAUUCAAGUACUGCGUUAAUGGAGACUGAUGAUGAAGCAGAGGUGGUAUCUGUUGAUGAACAAAACAGUUCAUUGCCAAUUUCAAACAGGAGUAUCGAUGCUUGAAGCUGCAAAAUAUGCCACUGGACUUCCAAGACAUUGUCACCUGGCUGUGUAGUUAAUUUUUUUUGUUUAUUUUAUUUAUCGUUUUUUUUUUUAAAUUAUUAUUAUUCUAAUCUUAUUAUUUUGUGGUUAUUCUCAACACUUGAUAAUGUUAUCGAUUCCUAAUCAAAAGUAUGCAAAUUAAUUCCGAACAAUAAAUAUAUAUACAUAUAUAUAUAUUUACCCAUAUGUAAACAUUAUUUUAAUUUAUUUUAUUUUGAUAUCUCCAUUGUGUGUAAUUAAAAUAAUGUUUGCAUAAUAAAAAUAAUAAUUAUACAUUAUUAUUUAUUGGUUAGACAACUAGUAUAAUACUGUUUAUGAAUUUGAAGGAGUACAUUUUGACAAAAAAUUAUUCACAUUUUAUAUUCCAUUUAUUUUAUAAAUAUUUAGUACUGUUUUUUCUCCGUCUAAUGUUGAUCUUAUGUAAUUUAUUAAAUUAGUCUUUAACGAGUUACUCGCCUUUAAAUACUUAAACAUCAUAAAUUAAGCAGAACAUGUUAAUUUUUACUAACUGACAAAUUUAGUUUAUAUUUUAAUACCUAAUAAAGUAAACAGACUUAAAGUAAAGUAGUUAGUGAUACCUAUGUAAAAUAUAUGUAUAUAUAUAUAAUACAUAAACACUUUCAUCAUAUAACUCAUGAAUGAUGAAGAUUAUAUUUUCAUUCCUUGUUUAGAUCUUAAUUGUAUAUGUUCUAUAAUGUGCCAAAUUAUUUGUUGAUCUACAAACCCAUAAUAUAACUUUGACUUAUUUAAACUACCAUUAUUCAAUAUCCUUGCAUAUUACUUCUACAUACAACGUAAUUGUAUAAUGUAUUAACUACAUAAUUUUUUAAGGAAAAUGAAUAUCCACGAUAAAUACUAAUUAAAAAAAAAUUAUUUGUUUAAUUGUAAAUUUGUUUCAAAUUAAUGUAAGUUUUUUUUAUAGUUCAUAAGGAAUUAUUGAUCUUUAUUGUUAUAAAAUAUGUGGUUAUAUCCAUUGUAAUAUAUCAUUUUGUAAUUCAAUUCACU